AUGUCUGGACGUGGUAAGAAACAUCCAAAGCCUGUGCUGCCUGCCAGAAACAGCAAGACUAAAAAAUCUGGCUUGCAGUUUUCUGUGGCCCGAGUUCACCGGUACCUAAAACAGGGCCAUUAUGCUGAAAGAAUAGGUGCAGGAGCCUCAGUGUAUCUGGCUGCAGUCUUGGAAUAUCUGAUUGCAGAGGUCAUGGAAUUAGCUGGGAAUGCUGCUGUUCAGAAUAAGAAGCAACGGAUUGCACCGCGCCAUAUCCAGUUAGCAAUAAGGAAUGAUGAAGAGUUGAACAAGUUGUUUGGAAAUGUGACCAUUCCUGAAGGAGGAGUUCUCCCCAACAUCCAAGCCCCUCUUCUUCCUAAGAAAACAGCACAGCUUAAAGAAACCAAAGGAGAUGAUCAGUCCCAGGAAUUCUGA